UCUCUCUCUGCUUCCAUUGUGUGAGAGAUAGUAAAUAUCUGACACUGCCAGACAACCACAACUCACUUGUGUCCUCGCGAAGAAAAAUCGCUAAAUUCAGCCUCGGUGAUACUUCGUCGUAAUGGCUCGUACCAAGCAGACCGCUCGUAAGUCCACUGGAGGAAAGGCUCCUCGCAAGCAGCUGGCCACCAAGGCUGCCCGCAAGAGUGCCCCCUCUACUGGAGGCGUCAAGAAGCCCCAUCGUUACAGGCCCGGCACCGUGGCUCUGAGAGAGAUCCGUCGGUACCAGAAGUCCACCGAGCUGCUGAUCCGCAAGCUGCCCUUCCAGCGCCUGGUGAGGGAGAUCGCUCAGGACUUCAAGACCGACCUGCGUUUCCAGAGCGCCGCCAUUGGAGCCCUGCAGGAGGCCAGCGAGGCGUACCUGGUGGGUCUGUUCGAGGACACCAACCUGUGUGCCAUCCAUGCCAAGCGUGUCACCAUCAUGCCCAAAGACAUCCAGCUGGCACGCCGCAUUCGUGGGGAGCGCGCUUAGACGGCCCUCCCUAAUGUUUCACCUCUGUCCUGUUUUUUCUUAACCUGUCCCCACCCCUACUCCUUUAUUCCACCCACCUUCACCCCUCCCUGUCACCCUCCCGCCUGCCCAGCUUCUCAGUAGACUUUAGAGUAGUCCUGAUUCUGAAGAGAUAGAAAUGUGUUGAAGUCUGGUCUCAUAGGUUUUCUUUGUCUUCACCAAAUGUUUUUUUAGGGUACCUUUUUCGUGCAUGUAAAAGGUUUUGCAGAUCAGACACACGUGCACACAUAACUCAAACGUGCGUCACUGAGUGUGCGAAGCCCUUUGAGCUCUCCUGGAUUCUUCCAUGGUGGGAGGCCGGCAGGUGCGGUCAGUGUGGCAAAACCGAGCUGAGGCAGAGGGACGUGGCCGAGGGGCUAGUCUGCUUAAGGGGAGCUGCAACUUCCACAGCAGGGUGCUAUUAAAGCUAGUCCUGAGGCCUCUACCCCGUCUGAACCCCCCCUCCCUCUGCAGCCAGACGGCUCUCUGUACCUCUUCAGACCACCUCUUCCCCUCUGUAAGCCGCACUGGAAGGGGAUGGCGCUCUGUUGGUGUGGAUGUGUGAGCGCUGAUCUUUUAAACCACUUGUACUCAAACAAGUUUUUUUUUUUUUGGUUGCUUAAGAAUAUUGAUUAUCGUUGUGGAUAUGGUGUCUAUUUUUUUUAUGCAUAUAACACGGAUGAGCAUCUCUUCUCUUUACCACUUCCAAAAUCAGCAAAUUAAGAGAGAAAAAACAAUUAAUAUUGCCUCUAUGGCUAUCUUUUCUUUUUGUUUUGCAGUGAUCUGAUCUGCUAUAGAAGAGCAGGAAGGGCUUCUCUAUUUUCAAAGGCAACUUCUAUUCUAAUGGCAGCCACACGGGGGCGAUGGUCUACUGUCUCUAUUCAGUUGUUCAUCACACAUUAUGCUUCUGUCUCUCUUUAUCUCCACAGAUAGGCUUGUCACAAUAGUAUGAAUUAACAUUAUAGUGCAAGUUACACUCUGUUUGUCUGCUGCUCUCUGUUGAUCUGAACAUAUAAUCUGUCCCUUUCUCAAAAUUUGUGAUACACAAUAUAACCUCAUAUUUGUUUUCUUUUAUAUUUUUCUUAUUCCUCGAGAUUUUCAGACGUAUAAAUAAGCCGAUCUUUGUAUUUUCCAAAUUUCUCAUAUGGUGGUAAUAAAUAGGUGUUAAAACGAA